GCUGUUUACACUUGCUUCUGACACAUCUGUGUUCUCUAGCAACCCCUGACACAGACACCAUGGUGCAUCUGUCUGGUGAGGAGAAGGCCGCUGUGGCCGCCGUGUGGAGCAAAGUGAACGUGGACUGUGCUGGUGCUGAGGCCCUGGGCAGGCUGCUGGUCGUCUACCCAUGGACCCAGAGGUUCUUUGACUCCUUCGGGGACCUGUCCUCUGCUGAUGCUAUUAUGAACAACCCUAAGGUGAAGGCACAUGGCAAGAAAGUGCUGCAUUCCUUCGAUGAUGGUCUGCAUCAUCUGGACAACCUGAAGGGUACCUAUGCAAGUCUGAGUGAGCUGCACUGUGACAAACUGCAUGUGGAUCCUGAGAACUUCAGGCUCCUGGGCAACGUGAUUGUGGUUGUGCUGUCCCGUAAUCUUGGCAAGGACUUCACCCCAGUGGCACAGGCUGCCUUUCAGAAAGUGGUAGCUGGUGUCGCUACUGCCCUGGGUCACAAGUACCACUGAGAUCCCUCCUUUUCCUGCUAUCUGCUUUCUAUAAAAGGUUCCUUUAUCCCCAGAGAACAUCUACCAAAUAUGGGGAAAAUCAUGAUGGACCUUGAGCAUCUGGCUUUUGCCUAAUAAAAGACAUUUUCUUUCAUUGCAA